AUGGCAGAAGCUGCAGAGAGGCAAGGAGCAAUGAAGCUGAGUCCAAGAGUUUGGAGAGGGAAAGGGUCUCUAGCAAGGCUAACAUUGGUUGGCCACCCCCUAAUUGCUCUUGAAGUGAUUGGCUUCCUCAGCCAUUUCACAGGGAAGAUAAGAAUCAAGCAUAUUGCUGUGGGUUUAUCUGGAUUCACACGUAGACCAGACUCGAACUUUCCCAUGACACACCUGAAUGAAUCUGUUCUUCCAGUUUCCUGUCCAACUGGACUGGAAGCUAUCAAUCUAUUCUUGCCUCUACUACACCCCAAAAUCCUCUUCUUUACCCAUUCAUUCUUUGAUGAGAAGAUGCCUCUAAAGAAGAAUAUAUUUGGACCUAUGAGGGCCACUCUGUGCAGCGCUGUGAAAACUGGCCUUUGGAUGGACAGCAGUCCGGUUACUCACAACAUUUUCUUGGGGAACCUGAUGACACAGGGGAUGCUAACUGAAGAACCUAGUUUUUCUCAGCUGGCAGUUGACGGUUUCCACAAAACGGUUGAAAGGCCAUCAAUUGGACCAGGAGGACGAUCAUUCAGCGCCUCGAACCUGUUAUUCUGCUAUUCAGCCAGGGCAGAUUCGCAUCUCAACUCCACUUACCAGCCCUUGUUCUAUAUUUUGUCAGUGAAUAAUUUCCUGAUGACUGGUCCUAAGGCCUAUCUGAUUUACUCCAGCAGUGUGGCGGCAGGUGCCCAGAGUGGGAUUGAGGAAUGCAAACACCAAUUCGCUUGGGACCGCUGGAACUGCCCGGAGAGAGCGCUGCAGCUGUCCACCCACAGCGGCCUGAGGAGCGCAAACCGAGAGGCUGCCUUUGUCCACGCCAUUAGUUCAGCUGGGGUGAUGUACACAUUAACUAGAAACUGCAGCCUGGGAGAUUUUGAGAACUGUGGGUGUGAUGAUUCACGGAAUGGACAACUGGGAGGACAGGGUUGGCUGUGGGGAGGAUGCAGCGAUAAUGUUGGCUUCGGCGAGACCAUUUCCAAACAGUUUGUGGAUGCGCUGGAGACCGGGCAGGAUGCCAGAGCUGCAAUGAACCUGCACAACAACGAGGCAGGGAGGAAGGCAGUAAAAGGCACGAUGAAGCGAACCUGUAAGUGUCACGGUGUGUCUGGGAGCUGCACCACACAGACCUGCUGGCUGCAGCUGCCGGAGUUCCGAGAGGUGGGCAACUACCUGAAGGAGAAGUAUUACAAGGCCCUCAAAAUCGACCUUCUGAAAGGGGCGGGCAACAGCGCAGCCAGCAGAGGGGCGAUCGCCCAGACCUUCAGCUCCAUCUCCAAGAAGGAGCUGGUCCACCUGGAGGAUUCCCCGGAUUACUGCCUGGAGAACAAGACCCUGGGUCUGCAGGGGACGGAGGGGAGAGAGUGCGUGAAAAGGGGCAAGCAGCUGAGCAAGUGGGAGAAGCGGAGCUGCAGGAGGCUGUGCGGGGAUUGCGGACUGGCCGUGGGGGAGAUGCGAGCCCAGAUGAUGAGCAGCUGUAACUGCAAAUUCCACUGGUGCUGCACGGUGAAAUGCGAGCAGUGCCGGAAAACCAUCACCAAAUACUUCUGUGUGGACAAGGACAAGAAAUCCAGGAACGAGAGUGCCUCAAAGAGGAAGGAAGCGCGCCUCGGACGGAGGCACUGA